CCAUCCAAUCUGUCUGUCUGUGCACUAGACAUGAAGUCAUCCUAUGCGCGCAUUCAACGCUCACUACUACGCCACCCUCUCAGCUCUUCAAUCAUCACUCCAUAGAAUUGACCUCCACCACCACCACCACCACCACCACCACCGUUCACAUUCAGUACCAACAAAAACACAACUUAAGUACAACCUUAACAACAACUCAUCAUCAUCAUCAUUUUUACGGCCCGUAUCAUAAUUUCCAACACAAAAGCCCAGAAUCCCAAUUUCAUAUUCUAUAAAUACGUAAAAUAUUGUAUUAUUAUGAGUAAUAAAUGCAGUGCUCAGUUUCCAAACCUACAGUAUUAAAUGCAGCAGCUGGAAAAUCCACCCACUUCCCCUCACAAAAAUCUCCCCUAAUCCCUUUCUCUUCCUCAAAUGGAUCCCAAUUUCACCUCAAAUGUCCACCACCACCGUCGCCGCCAUCCCCACCCUCCCCACCACCACCGCCUCCCCCACUCCUCCCGGCUACCUAACCAACCUCGGCCUCGGCUACUCCAUCGCCAUAGCCCUAGGCUUCCUCGUCCUCCUCUCCACCAUCCUCCUCGCCUCCUACAUCUGCUGCCGCGCCUCUCGUAACCGCCGCUCUCCCUACUCCGACAAUGACAAUAAUUCCGCCGCUAACCCGAUUUCCACCGACGGUAUAAUGCUGCCCCGUAUUAUCUUCGUCGCGGAAGACGACGACGAACUCGAGCGCGACCAGGAUUCCUCCGCUGCUAUUGGUCUUGACCAGGCUGUCAUAAAUUCGUACCCGAAGUUUCAGUUUAAUAAAGACGGGAAUUAUAAUAGCGGCGGUAAUAAUACUUGUUCGAUCUGUCUGUGCGAGUAUAAAGAUUUGGAGAUGUUAAGGAUGAUGCCUGAGUGCCGGCAUUUUUUUCACUUGUAUUGUCUUGACGCUUGGUUGAAGCUUAAUGGGUCUUGCCCCGUUUGUAGAAACUCGCCGCUGCCUACUCCGCUUUCUACGCCGUUAUCGGAGGUUGUGCCGCUGUCGCAGCACGCGGCGGAUCGGAGGAGGAGGAGGUGAUUUUGAUUUGAUUUUGUUAUUGAUUGUUUGUGGAGUUGGGAGUAGUGGUAGUAGUAGUGGUGAUUGAUUUUUAGUUUUA